UAUGCCCCCAACGCUGAGGGCGAGCUCGAGAAACAUUUUAAAUUUUCAAUUUGAAUUUUUUUAGAUUUUAAAUAUGGAAGCGAUCGUGAACAUUAUAACAAAAUACUGUGGUGAGGAACUUGAUAAUUAUGGAAGGUGUGUGACAGAAAACCCAUCAUCUUGGCAAAAUGACUGUGAUGAUCUGAAAAACAAGGCCACUCACUGCUCUUCACAACACCCAGCAGUUAAACGGAUCAAUCGAGAAUGCGCCAACAGUUUCAAAGAAUAUGACACAUGCUUAAACACACACCCGCAAGAUGUCCAGCAGUGUGUAUCCCAGCUGGAAGAAUUCUUGAAAUGUGCUGAACGAUCAUCACAACGUAUAGAAAAUGCUGUCCUUGAGAAAAGUAUGAGAGAUGUUUAUUGAAUAUAGACAGUAAAAAAGGUGAAAUAAGAUGAAUCCGUGUAGGCGAUGUGUUUACAGAUACCACCGACCAGUAACUCAAGAGGAGUGAUGACAUACAAUUAAUAUCAGUCGUAAAAACAAUAGGAUUGGAGCUUUGUUCCAAUCCAACUAGGCUACAUAGUGAUGUGGAUGAGAAAAACGGAAGGAAGAUGAAGACUGUAACUGUGUAAAGAGAAAGCAACCGAUUCAAUCAGGAAUUUGAUUAAAUUAAUCGUAAAAAUAGCGUCAUAUAUUCAAUAAUGUGAUUUCAUUUUCUAUUACUGAAAAAUAUGAAAUGCAAAAAAAAGUAAAAGUAAAUACUAUAUAAAUAAAUAAAUAUAUUUAUAUCUGGAACUAAAUAUGUCUUAAUGUUAUUUAUUGGUGGACUAACGUACAGUAAUUCAAUCAUAAUAAAAGGUGUUUUCUUUUCAAAUGAAA